UCUUGCUUUAAUAACACCCCCCAAGGGCCGCGGAAGAGGCAUAUCUGGUACUCCCGAUGGGCAAGGCCAGUCUGGGUCCAGCUCCCCCAAGAGGUGGCCGGAUCCCCUGGGCUCUCGAUCCAUGUCCUUGCCACUGACUCCCAGGCAUGAGGUGGUUCCUGCCCUGGACGCUGGCAGCAGUGACAGCAGCAGCCGCCAGCAGCGUCUUAGCCAUGGCCCUCUCUCCAACCCCCACGACCAUAACCUUCACCCCAGCACCACUGGAGGACACAUCCUCACACCCCCAAUUCUGCAAGUGGCCAUGUGAGUGCCCAACGUCCCCACCCCGCUGCCCAUUGGGGGUCAGCCUCAUCACAGAUGGCUGUGAGUGCUGUAAGAUGUGUGCCCAGCAGCUCGGGGACAACUGCACAGAGGCAGCUGUCUGUGACCCCCACAGGGGCCUCUACUGCGACUACAGUGGGGACCGCCCGAGGUACGCAAUAGGAGUGUGUGCACAGGUGGUUGGCGUGGGCUGUGUGCUGGACGGGGUGCGCUACAACAACGGCCAGUCCUUCCAGCCCAACUGCAAGUACAACUGCACGUGCCUCGACGGCGCCGUGGGCUGCACGCCGCUGUGCCUCCGUGCACGGCCCCCGCGCCUCUGGUGCCACCACCCACGGCGGGUAAGCGUGCCUGGCCGCUGCUGUGAGCAGUGGGUGUGUGACGACAACGCCAGGAGGCCACGCAAAACUGCACCUCGUGAUACGGACGCCUUAGUGGCUGCGGAUGAUGUGGAGCCGUGGCAUAGGAACUGCAUAGCCUACACAAGCCCCUGGAGCCCCUGCUCCACCAGCUGUGGCCUGGGGGUCUCCACACGGAUCUCCAACGCCAACACCUGGUGCCAGCCUGAGCAGGAGAGCCGCCUCUGCAACCUGCGGCCGUGUGAGGUGGACAUCCGUCUGCUCAUCAAGGCCGAGAAGAAGUGCUUAGCUGUAUACCAGCCAGAAGUGCCCAUGAACUUCACCCUUGCAGGCUGCAUCAGCACCCGCUCCUACCAACCCAAGUACUGUGGGGCCUGCACGGACAGCAGGUGCUGUAUCCCCUACAAGUCCAAGACCAUUGACGUCUUUUUCCAGUGUCCUGAUGGGCCAGGCUUCUCUCGCCAGGUCCUGUGGAUCAAUGCCUGCUUCUGCAACCUGAGCUGUAGGAAUCCCAAUGACAUCUUUGCUGACUUAGAACCCUACCCUGACUUCUCAGAAAUUGCUGAUUAGGCUGGUGUCAACCAUGGGGUGAGGGUCUGGCUCAGUGCCUGUGAAGGAGCCAGCCCUCCGUCCAUAACUUCACACCACUGAGUCGUGUUUUAUCUAUUUCCCCUCAUGCCUAGUUACCCUGAACAAGACCCUGGGGUGCCUUUGUUGUUUGUAGUGACCCAAAUGACCCAUGAUGGUGCUGCUCAGGCCUAGACUAUGGUCUUCUCCUUAUCAGCAUUCGGCAUUCACAUCAAAGAAAACACCUGUCUCUGGCUUCUCUGAACAAGACCCAGGCCUGAUCCAGCCUGUUCAUUUCACCGAAUUUCUGACUAAGUUCCAAGGAAUGGAAUCCACUAGAAAGCCAUUAUUCCUAAUUCCCUCUUUGCCUGCCAAAUGGCAAGACACUUUGGGUCCAUUCAGGAGCAUAUACGGGGCUUAGAACAGUGGAUCCUUCCAAGUGGCACUCUGAUGGUCAGCUCUGACCUCAGUGUACCAAAACUAUCCCUGAUUCCAAUAAUUUGUUUUCCCCCAAGGUCACCAAACAUUUGCCAAGUACAGUGAAUUAUUGUUUGCUUUUGAUUUUUAAUGGAAAGUUGUAUACAUUAAUCUGGGUAUUGUUGAGGUUAAGGUCCUCUUAACCCCUAUACUGUGCAGGGAAUAAAUUAAGUUCAUCCCAAUCUGAAAUGCAAUUUGACAAACACUCCUGUUGAUGGGAAAGGCCCCCAGUUGAUACUCCAGGGAUGAGACAGGUCAUCACAUUUCACAAGGAGCAGUUGACCCGAGCACUGUCCAUUGCCCCUGACUGGGCUUCCACAGUUGCCCAGCUUUUCCUUGCAACCUCGCCUUCUGACUGCUUGCGGCUCAUGAGGAUUGGGGGACCCCCUGGAUUGGCCUCUCUGGUCCCUGACAGUGGUGUCCUGGAACAUUCCUCUGCUCUUAUGGAGCCUUGAGAGACCCAGCUUCAGACCGGGCCCAGACCAGGCCAGACCUGCCUAAAAUGACCAAGACAGGUCCAGAUCAGCUAUGAGGCAACCCAGGAAGUGGGCCCACUGCGUCAGCCCAGGCUGGCCCCUUGAGCUAGAGGCUCUGGGUCCCCAAGGGGUCCUUGUGCCCAGAACACAUCUCUUUCUGCCUCAGCAACCCACUUCUCAGCCUUUAGAUCUGCUGACCAGUUUUCUGAUGUGAAGACAGAGGGUUACUAGUUACCCACUUUCUGGGUAUGUAUACUUACAGGGGUUUACUUAACAGGGGUUUAAAGCCAAAAGGGGUUGAAGUCAAAAAAAAGGGAAGGUUGUUAUUCAUGAAAAUGGGGCUGAACUGUUAUAAUUUUUUAAUUUAGAGCCUUUUAUGUGCUUGUAUACACUAGCUCAUUGAAUCUUCAUGACCCCGCUGUGGAGUUCCCAUCAUUAUUUCUGUUCUUACAUGCGUGACAUGGACGCUUAGAGAGGUGAAAGUACUUGACCUGAGUCACCCAGCUGGUGUGCGGGGAAGCUGGGGUUCAAAUCCAAAUUGGACUGACUCCAUAACCCCCAUUUUUCUUCUUUUUAUAGAGCUUCCAAACAUGUCACACUAGGAAAACGUAAUGGAAUAAGUGACUUCUUGCUGUCACUUUUCCCUGUUACCAUUGUUUCUAGCCCCUUUCCCAAAAGGAGAAUGUCUGAUUAAAAACGAAAAUCCAUGCAUCCCCCAUAGAGGAUGUCCCCUGUAUGUCACCCCCGGCAUCAAGUCAGAACAGACUCCUGCAUUUUGAGUGCUGAGUAGUUGCUCAUUCAGCAAGCAGAGGGAUUCCUCAACAGGAGAAAGGACUGGACAUGUGUCCUCCCAACUGUGACCUCCAAAAUGCCUUGUCCAGUGCAAGGCAUACAGUGGUGCUCAACAUGUACUUGGUGUAUAGAGGAAACUGGGUACUACUGUUGUUCAGAAGCUCUUUUCUUUCAGAGUUACAUGAAAAUCCGAUUUCAUCAGCCAAAAUCUUGUAAGUGCCAUAGGAAAAGACACAUUUACUAUUUUAAAGAAAUGCAUAUUUAUGUAUACGAGAGAUAAAGAGAUAAAGAGAUUUGCCCCACGAAUGAGCUCUUGUAUAAGUCAGUGUGGGACCUAUUGGAUUUUCUUAAAGUGAAAACAGCUGCCAUCUACAAACUGCAAGGCUGGAUAACAGCUAAUUUCAUCUGAAAUUCAAAAGAGCUGGGUUCUUAAUUUGAAUCCCAGGGUGGGAAACUAAGCAUAGCUUCCAGGAUCAUAGGCAGCCUGGUUGGAGGAAUUGGGGAUUAGCCUGGGAAUGGGGACAACAGAAUGGUCAGAAUGGCCAAGUGCAGGACCCACAGGGCAAAUCUCAGACCCACAGGUUGAAGUCAGUUGAAAUCAUGAGGAAGGUGAUUUGGGCCCAAUGUAGGGACGACCCUUUAUAGCCAUCAUCAUUUUCCUGAAAUGGUGUAGUCUGAUUGAGCAAAAUUUAAGACUAAUCAUAAUGGGGAAAGUUCCAUUUAUUGAGUGUUUACUUGGAAGCACUACGCUAAGUUUUUCAUUAUCUUAUUUAAUUACCAAAGGAUGUAUCUCUUCCCCAUUUUAUAAAUAGGGAAUCUGAGACUCCAAGAGGCUGAGAAGUCAGACAAAGAGUUUAGAGCCCAAAUGCCAACUUCUGUUCUCCCUUACUCUUGGAGGUGCCUCUGGGCAGAACCCCAAUGACUCCUAUGGAGAAUAUGAUUAGCAGGGGAUUCUAAUAGAAUUCAAAGGCUGCCUGUCUGGUCCAUUGUAACUGUGUGUUCGGAGAUGAGGGAAAGGCGCGCUAAGGGUUAAUUAGCCUUUGCUGAAGACAUUUACAUGAGAGAGAAUUCCUCGGACAUGCCCAGUUCUGGGAGAGGAAGGGAGCCCUGCACUCACCAUACUAAUCCUAAACCUUUCUCCAAGCACUCAGUGAGCUCUGAGCACGUGCCAGGUCUCUGCCACAUCUCAUUUUGUCCUCCUAGUAAACCUACGAGAUGCGGCAUUAUCAUCACUUAGAGGCAGCUGAACCUCCCAGAGGCCUAAUCAUUUGCUCAAGGUCUUACCAUCUAGUGAAGAGCAGACCAGGAUCACCAACCAGGAUAGGAUGUCGCUGAGCCAUCUGUCCUGACACUAAACCUAGUUAUCUCGUCCCUAAAUCCAAAGGUAUGAUCUUGACAAGCUUUACUGAAAAUAGCUGCAAUUUUAACUUUGAAUUCAGAGGAUUCAGAGAGUGAUCAAAGAAAGUAGGUUCCAAUAAUAUGAUUGUGUGUAGUCUCGCUAGCGCUGUACACUGUGUAUACGUAGGGAUUGUAAGGAAGUAAACUAGCCUGUGACUAUUAUGUGGAAUGACGUCACUGCUUUUUACAGACUUGUCUUGAUGCAGAGUAGCCACAAUGACAACCCUGCCGGGCUGGGAGUCAUAAAUGGUGGCGAUGGUCAACGGUACAGCUCUCCACGUACAGUACAUGUGUGUUUGUAUAUAUGUGGAUAGACCUGUUUUCAAACUGUGACUUAAUAUUUAAGUAUUCCUACUGCUGUUUUUGUGAUUUUAAAAAUAUAUACAAAGGAAGUCUUAGAGCUACCCAGGAGAGGAAAAAUAGCACUUGGACAAUCUAUCAUGGUCUGCAAGUCCUCGUUUUUCUCGCGAUUUGUGUAGCAUAGAGCAUGUUUGCUCACUGUGAAGGGCUUUCACGGCUUAAACUCUCUGUUCACAGAUUUUUUCCUUAAAGCA